UCGCGUGUCCCCGCGCGGACGCCGAGGCCGCCGGAGCCAUGGGCGCCGCUUCCCCGGAGCCGCCGCCCCGACGCAGGUAGGCUCCUGAUGGCUCCUCUAUUCCUUUCGUGCUAGACAGUUUGCUGAAAUUGUCUGUGGCUUAUCUGUGAAUCGUGGACAUCCCUCAAUGAAGUCCACAAAUGUGUAUGAGAUAAAAGACCGAUCAAAAAUUACAUUAUGUGCAUUCCCAUGUACUUGGGUGCACCACGUGGUCAGAAGAGGGAGUCUGCUGCCCCGGAACUGAAGCCACUGAGCCACUGAGCCACUGAGCCACGUCUCCAGGCCUGCAACUCAGUCUUCUCAACUUCAAGCAGCUAAUGGACAUUCCUUGAUCCCUACAUAAUCCUAGGAAGACACCCUUCGGAUCUGUACUAAAACUCACUUCUGGGGAAAGAAAGAAAGAUGAAAACAGUGACCCAAAGAGGGCUUUCCUCAGACUGAUCCAUCAGUGAAGCGCUUCUCUGCUGCGGGAGAGGAAGUAGAUUCCCGACCGACCCAGGAGCAUUGAUAGCUCUCGCUUCUUUUGUGAGGUCUCAGUACUGAGCGUGGGCUCCAUCUGAAGUACUCCCUAUCCUGUGGCUCUCCCAGAAAGAGAAGUGUGACACCCAGAGAAGCCUAAUGGAGAAGCGCCCCAGCAGAUGGUAACAAAAAUUAAUCCAGAUGGGGUGCAGGUGUUGUAAGAUGAUACAAAGCUAUCUCUUUGAUCCAGCUCAAGUGCCCUCCCCUGGUUUUGUCAACGAAGUAAGCAGCUGCAGGUUGGAGGAGGAUGACACGGUCAGGCUAAAAGGCACCCAGAACAGUGACGCUGAGGUGCCCAGAAAUGCCUUGCACGGUGGGAGCCUGAGCAAGACUGAGAGCAGAGGCAGUACAACUGGUCUACCUCACCAAGGCCCACUCCCCCGGGAGGCCUCCGAGGAGCGACGCUGUGUGGAAAAGCGUGGUAUUGUCAACGGUAUCAGCCCCACUACCACUCGGCAGUCUCUCGGGAGUCCCAGGCCCCACCAGGCUGACAGUGAAUCCGGGGCCAGCAGCCCCUGGGCCGUCACCAUAGACAGCGCCCACCCGGCUCAACCCUUCCUGGAAGGGGAGGACUACAGGGGUCAAAGCUGCGCGCCGCCCACCUCGGAAGGGACCCCGAUGGUGGGGCAUGGAGACGGCGGAGGCCCUGCUGAGGCCUUGGCAGUGGCAGGCCACACCCUACGCAUCCCAGCCCCCGAUUAUCCCCAGCUCUGGAGCCCCCCGGCAGGCAACGCAGACCCUGAAGAAAAGGACUGUCUUUUUGAAAACCACUCAGAGGGGGAGCCCCUGCCCGGAACUGACCCCCGCGUGAGCGAGCAGGGUUUGAGCUCGCCCCUCUCCCCGAGGAGAAGCUGGGACUCCCUGAGUGAGGCAGUGACCACAGAAGUUCUGGAUGUCCUCUUUAACGCGGGGGGCCCCACUAGCCCUCCGCCAGCGGCUAAUCCUGGAAGCGAGUGGGAGGACCCUCACUCCCACGGUGAGGACAGGGAUGUGGCAGAUGAGGACGCUGAGGUAGCAGAAGCCCUCGCGGCAUUAGAAGCUGCUACUGCGGGAGAAGAGGCGGAUGACGCAGAUUAGGGGAGGGGCGGGGAGAGAAGCAUGUGACCGCUCUGCCAGCAUGCCCGGCAGCCUCUCCAGCUGCACUACCUGCUUACGUCUGUCGCCUUCCCGUUGCCAGUACCUGCGCCACGCUGCCUGUUGCAGAGCAUCUCUCUGUGUGGCUGGACUCUGAUUGCAUUCAGAAUGCUAAUCAAGACAAGAGUGGGCCUUCCAGUCCACGUCCAUACAAAUGCAGACGUUGAGCAGCUUGCAUGCCGGCCCUGGAAGCUCCCCCAGAACAUCUGUCCAGAUGUGCAUGAGAAUGCACCAACACCCCACACUGGACCCCAGGGGCACAGAAACAUGGGCCGUUCUGUUUGAAUGUAUUACUUUACCUUGUUUUUGAGAGCCAAAUACUUCACCCAACCUAGAAAGGGUAACUACCCACUUAAAGUGCCUACUGUGUGCCAGAGCGUAACUUCAGGGACAGUCACCCAGGGAACUACUAACUAACCACGUGCUGGACAUCAGGUUAAGCUCACUCCUUCGGGGUGGAGCAGACUUGACCAGUGAACAAAUGGUUUGUCCUUCGCUGUGCUAUGAAAACAACCUGACCGUAAUCUUUUUUUUUUUUCCACUAUUACUUUUUAAUCUUUGGGAUAUGGGAGGCUGGGAAAAUACUUGUUAGAACUAGCUUCGUGUUUUAGUUUCAAGUUCGUGAGUGUUUUGGAAUAGCAACGCCAUUUAUGGAUUGGUUUGUGUCAUUAAAUGUCUGGUUCUCAUUAAA